UGCAUAGCUGGGAAACUGGGUAAAGUAUUAACCUAGGUGAACUUUAGGGAUGAAUUUUAGGGUCUCUCUCUCUCUCCCCCCUCUCUCUCCCCCUCUCUCCCUCUCUUUCUCUUUCUCUCUCCCUCUCUCUCCUCUCCCUCUCUCUCUCUCUCUCUCUCUCUCUCUCUCUCUCCCUCCUUCCCGUGUUUAGCCUUCUGUGCAUAUCCCCAUGCAUGUUCAUGUUAGCAGAUAAUAUGCUUUGAUGUUUACUCUAGUAGGUAUGUUCUCUUCAUGUGUAUCUACAUAUGUGAUCUGCAUUUGUGUGUUUAUUUACAUGUGCUUUUAUUUCACUCAUAUGUUUGUGCAGAAAAUUGUGGGGAGGGGGGACUUUCUUGAAGACGCUCAUGUUUCUAAGGUAUGUCAUCAGAUUUUUUUUUUAAUUUCAGAAAGCAUUUUUACAAAGUAUUUGGUCAGCAGGUUGAAGUGAAUGCAUUCAGGAUAGCUGAUAUUUAGCCCUCAAGAAAACAUCAAACAGUAAAUAUGGGAUCAGCUAGAAAGUUUGGCUGAAUUUAGAGAGCCUAAGGAGCCCAACUCACCCCCACUGGCCAAGAGGUGGCCAAGGGCUCAGCAUGGCCUCCUGUGGCCCUCUGCUAGCUCAGCCACCACCGUUUAGACAAGUGACAUAAACUUCUGUGUCUCCGAAUCCAAAACAUUAAAGUAAUAUCGCAGCACCUAUUUCGUAAGAGGGUUGCAAAGCUUAAAGGGGAAAGUGCAUCCCAAGCACACAGACUAAUGCCUGGCACAAGUGUGCACUCGCUAAAUAUUAGCCGCUGUCAGUAUUGUUAACGGAUGUCAUCGUCAGGUUCUGGACAGCUCUAGAUGCCCUCCCUGCAGACUCCAAAGUCGCUACUGGGAGCUCCAGAGAGAGAGAGAGAGAGAGAGAGAGAGAGAGAGAGAGAGAGAGAGAGAGAGAGAGAGAGAGAGAGAGAGAGAGAAAAGAAAGAAUGUCCCCUGGUGCCACCUUUGAGCAGGUUCCUGUUCUCUAUUCUACCCUGGCCCGCCCAGCCCUGGCCCUGCUUCCUGCAGAGCUAGGCAGUGGGUGACGCUCCUUCCCCUCAGGCAUAAAGGCAUAAAGGUAGGGUAGGCCAGACUGCUAAAUUCACAGAAGUUAAGGUCAGCAUUGAGCUCCAGGCCACAGGGGCAUAAGGUAGGGGGGUACUUACAUUCAGCCUACCUUAUACAUGUAUAGGAUCAGUGCUUGUGAAUUUUAACUUAAGUUUUAAAAAAAGAUGAAGAUUAGGUAGUGGACCGUAGAGGCUCCAGUCCAAGCUUUACCUGCAAUCUGUUCUCUCCUCCAAGGUAGCGGGGACUCAUCUCUGGAGAAGGAGUUCCUUGGGGCCCCAGUGGGGCCCUCAGUGAGCACCCCAAAUAGCCAGCACUCUUCACCCAGCCGCUCACUCAGUGGUGGAGAUGUACAGCGAUGAGGAGUCGAGCCGACUGCUGGGGCCAGACGAGCGGCUCCUGGACAAGGACGACAGUGUGAUUGUGGAGGACUCGUUGUCAGAGCCCUUGGGCUACUGCGAUGGAAGCGGACCAGAGCCUCACUCCCCUGGCGGCAUCCGGCUACCCAACGGCAAGCUCAAGUGUGACGUCUGUGGCAUGGUCUGCAUCGGACCCAACGUGCUCAUGGUUCACAAGCGGAGCCACACUGGGGAAAGGCCUUUCCACUGCAAUCAGUGCGGAGCCUCCUUCACGCAGAAGGGGAACCUGCUGCGCCACAUCAAGCUGCACUCCGGGGAGAAGCCCUUCAAAUGCCCCUUCUGCAACUACGCCUGCCGCCGUCGGGACGCCCUGACUGGUCACCUCCGCACACACUCAGUCUCUUCUCCCACAGUGGGCAAACCCUACAAGUGCAACUACUGCGGCCGGAGCUACAAACAGCAGAGCACCUUGGAGGAGCACAAGGAGCGUUGCCACAACUACCUACAAGGCCUCAGCACUGAAGCCCAAGCUUUGGCUGGCCAACCAGGUGACGAAAUGCGUGACCUGGAGAUGGUACCAGACUCGAUGCUGCACUCAUCAUCUGAGCGGCCAACUUUCAUCGAUCGCUUGGCCAACAGCCUCACCAAACGCAAGCGUUCCACCCCACAGAAGUUUGUAGAGACGCCUUGCCCUAAGACUACAGCCUGCCUUGGACCUGACCCUCUGGGAAGUGAAAAGCAGAUGCGCUUCAGCCUCUCGGACCUCCCCUAUGAUGUGAACCCCGGCGGUGGCUACGAAAAGGAUGUGGAGUUGGUGUCGCACCACGGCCUGGAGCCCGGUUUUGGAGGGUCUCUAGCCUUCGUGGGCACAGAGCAUCUGCGUCCCCUCCGCCUCCCACCCACCAACUGCAUCUCGGAACUCACACCUGUCAUCAGCUCUGUGUACACCCAGAUGCAGCCCCUCCCCAGCCGGCUGGAGCUUCCGGGGUCCCGAGAAGCAGGUGAGGGACCCGAGGACCUGGGAGAUGGUGGUCCCCUUCUCUAUCGGGCCCGAGGCUCUCUGACGGACCCCGGGGCAUCCCCCAGCAAUGGGUGCCAGGACUCCACGGAUACAGAGAGCAACCACGAAGACCGGAUCGGCGGGGUGGUAUCCCUCCCUCAGGGUCCCCCAGCUCAACCUCCUCCCCCCAUCGUGGUGGGCCGGCACAGUCCCGCCUAUGCCAAAGAGGACCCCAAACCGCAGGAGGGGUUACUGCGGGGCACCCCAGGCCCCUCCAAGGAAGUGCUUCGGGUGGUGGGUGAGGGCGGCGAGCCCGUGAAGGCCUUUAAGUGCGAACACUGCCGCAUCCUGUUCCUGGACCACGUCAUGUUCACCAUCCACAUGGGCUGCCACGGCUUCAGAGACCCCUUCGAGUGUAACAUCUGCGGUUAUCACAGCCAGGACCGGUAUGAGUUCUCUUCCCACAUUGUCCGGGGGGAGCAUAAGGUGGGCUAGCGGCCUCUCUCGCCUCGCCUGCCCCCAGCCCGCCACUCCACUGCCCCACCUACAGGUGUCUAGCCCAAAUCCCACUACGCCCCAAGGAGUUUUGUAUUGUAGCCCAUUCACUGGCCGCCUCACUUCACGCUCCGACCCCUCCUCGCCGGCUCCCACCCUGACUGGUGUAAGCAUUGACUAGACGAGUCUUUUGCUUACAUGUCUCCUCCUAAACUCCUUCCCAGCUUUUUACUAGUGACUUUCCCUUGGCCUUUUUACAUUUUCUGCAAUCUCUGGCUAUUCCUUCACUCCCCAUGGCUCCCUUCUCUAAGCCUAGAUUUUUUUUCUACUUCCUCCUGGACCCCGCAUCCUCCAGCAGCCCAGGGGUUGGAAGCUCCUCUCUGUAGUACGAGACAUUGAGCUUCUUGCUUUAGUCCUCACCUUUAUUUAUCUGGUUCUUCACUUUUGAUGCCGAUACCUCCCAAUGGCCCCAACCUGAGCUCCGUGGCAUUAUCUGUCUCCUCUCUGGGACCCUUCAACCUGGUACUCCACACCUCUCGUGCCCUCUCACUUUAGGCAGCUUGCGCUACUACUCUGAAAUGGAUGAGGAAUUUCCUCGUUGGAAGUAGGAGGGGUCUGCAGAAACUGUCCCCUGUGGGCUGAGGUUCCCUCCUGACCUCACCUGGGAAUGCAAGCCCCCCUAAAGCGACCGUUCAGGAUCUCCCUCCAGGAUGUGACAUCACUCAGCUCUUCCCCCUCCCUGGCUCACCCCUCAACUCCACUCUGGUCGCAACCUGCCACUCCCCUCAGUGGUGGCUUCUCUCUUCUUGGAAUGCCCCCAUUUUAUAUUCUCAGGGGCUAAAAGCUAGGCCUACAACCUAGUCUGACACACCCAGAGCUUAGGUGCCUAGCUGAGAACCAGGGCACGGGAAAGGGGGUGGGUAGAAAUCUCUCCUCCACCUUUCAAGCUUUUUUCACUCCAGUGACCUUCCUAGGCCCUCAGGGACUCCUUCUGUCCCCACUCUGUGAGAAACUGGCGGGCUGCUGCCCAAUGACCAUGGGCCUCCAGAGUCACGCUGCCUUCUUCCUCUCCCUCCCAGCAGGGUCCACGAUCUCAUUCCCAGGCUCCUGGGCCCUGCAGUUACCAGUGGCAAGGAGAAAGGGAUGUCUCUUUUCUCUCUGCUAAUUUUUCAGUAUAACCAAAAAUUGUCCCAGGAUGAAUGACAUGUAUGUGCCCGUCGACCAUUCCACCCUUGUCCCGGCAAGAAUGGGAUGGACACAGCUAACUGGGAGUCACCCUUCACUGCCCUUCCAUGCUCGGCCCGGGACACAGGGCAGGAGGGGCAUUCUUCUCUGGUGGUUGCAGAGACCCUGGCUAUUUGGAUAAUCGAGGAUUCGUAAGACCAUGCAGGAGAAGGCAAAGUCCCACUGCACAAGGAGGUCUCUCUCUAGAGAGUUCCCUGCCAGGGCCACAGCCAUCCCCCUCUCUGCUCCUUUGAGAUUCAAACCAAAGGCUGUUUUUCUAUGUUUAAAGAAAGUAAGAAAAAAGUAGAAACCAAACACAGCACCUCAUUAGUCACAAGUCUUGGUCUUCUCUCUCCCUUUCCUCCCCUCCGUCUUUCUUCCCGUGUCCUCUCUCUGUUGCCUCUCUCUUGCCUGUCUCUCUCUUUCUCACUUCCUGUUAGGGAUAUCGAGAGGCAUGAAAGGGUGGGCUAGACCAGAUCCUGGGGCUGGGGCUGGUAAGCCUUCUGGAGAGUCUACUUUCCCCUCUCAUGAGAAGGGCAGGGUGAAAACACUCUUCUGCAUUGCAUGGCUUCCAGACUGGCAGGGAGGAGCUCCGUGGGGUGGUUCUUACUCCUUGACGCUCUAGCAAUAAGCAGGUGCUGCCAAAGGUGGAGAAUGGAAUGGGGUACGAGCUCCCAAGGGAGCCAACCCAAGAGAAGGGAAGGGUCUUGGAGACAGAACCUUGGCACUAACUCCUAGGGAUGGCAGCAGAGCUGAGGUUGGUGUCUGCACUCCUCCUGAGCUGUUCUGGCUACCCAGCGAGCCUCUUCGCGUGAGACCGGCUCCCACCACCUCUGUGUCCGCCAUGUAUCUGGGGAUACCUCAGAAGGGCCAGUCCCUCUGAGGCAUCGGAGCCUUUGAGUGCCCCAUGCGUCCCUCCCUUUAGUCAGCCUUAGCACCUGUAACCCCAGAAACCUGAAGGACUAUGCUCCGAGGCUAUCCUACGUGCCCACAAGAGCAGAGAUGGAAGGACAAGACCGGGUGCUAGGGAGGAGAGGGGCACUGUCUCUCUCCAGACCAUCACUGCACUUUAACCAGGGUCUUAGGUGCAAAAUCCUACUUUUCAGAGACCUCCAGCUCUGGAACCUCAAGCAUCCUCACACUCUCUCCCAGCCCCUUUUGCAUAAAAAAAAAGUAAAGAAAAAGAAAAAAAGUCAAUGAUUGCAAAACACCCAAAACCCACACAGAGAAAAGAGGUGUUUUCUUUUUUACUACUAUUCAAAAACAACACCACAAGAAAAGUAGGGGGAAGGGAGAGAUUUUUAAAUAGACACUUUUCCAGACCUUUGUGUACGUGUGUGUCGGUGUCCAAGCUGCAGGUGGAAUUUUGUAAUACUUCUGGCAGCUUCUUUCCUUGUGUAAAUAAUAUAUAUAUAUUUUUAAUCAGAAAUUAUGAAGAUCAAAAAUAGAAUAAACACAGAAGCAAGUGCAAUAUCACCUCCUCCCCGGGGUCCCUCAGUUUGGUGACCUUUUGACCUUUGCCCCUUCACCUCUGCUUUGGUCCUCUGGCUCCUUACCUCCCCUCCCCUCCCUCUUUUUAAUGAGUUUUUCUCCUUCCUCAAAGGGAGUUAAACCAGCUUUUGAGACUUCCUGCAAAGCAUUUUGUAUAUGUAACAUACUGUAAGUAAAUAUUUGUGUAAUGGAGAAAUACUACUGUAAGUUUUGUACUGUACUGGCUGAAGGUCUGUUAUAAAUAAACAUGAGUAAUUUAACAGUU